AUGUCAAAGACGCCGACCUCUCCACAAUCUCCACAAAUAUGCUUACCACCACCGUUAACCUUCGUCUGGCACCAUGCCGGUGCCACACCCUUGGGUGGAAAUGAUAAGACACGAAGUGAAUUUUGUCAAAUCGUGAUUUCAUGCAUCGAGUUUAGUAAUGAAGUCCAAUGUUUGAAUUAUAUUAUCAAAAAUGAAAGCGAACAUUUCGUUCUGAUCGUAUUUACUGAAUCAUCAAAAUUUCUUGCGGACAUACAGCAAUUGGAACAGGUCAAAUUUUUAUAUGUGCUUUCGAAUGAUACUAUCACCAAACGAAAUGUAGUGAAAACUGGUGGCGUAUUCGCAUCAGAAAAAGAUUUGCUCGUUCAUUUGUCAAAUGAUAUUAUUUAUCAUUACACACAAGAGGAAAACAGACGUAUUGAAGAAUAUCAACAAGCACGAAAACUAUGUGAUUUUGUGAAAGGGCUAUUAGCAAACAACUGA